GCUAUGGGCAACUGGGCAACUUUUCCUCUGCACAGGUUUUGAUAAAUCUCCCCCAAUAUGUUAAUGGAGCAAAUGGCUGCACCUAGAGAAGCAGUGACAGUGCAGUGUGGUUACUGUAGCUAAACAAGGCUCUCAGACGGAUGGAUGGAAAAAAGUACAAACUGAAUUGCAGAAAAUAACCGAGGCUAUGUUCACAUGGCGGAAUUACCACGGCAGAUGUUUCUGCUGCAGAAAUCCUUAUUCCAGUGUCCACAGGUAGAAUAGACAUGCUGGUUCCAUACUUGACUGGUACCUCAACCUUGAAAGAUCCCUUUUAUUCAGAAUAUGUGUCUUCUCUUAGGUCAUUGAUCAUAGAGCACCCAGGGACACUCAAUUCACAGUCAAGUGGGAAACAGCCGUCAUGAAUAAUCAGGAGGUUGUGGCUGUGCUACAGGAGUGCAAGCAAAUGCUCCAAGAUCUUGCUUCAGAGGUGUCAGAGCAGUCUGAGGAGAAAAAGAAUGACUACCAGCAGUGCGAAGGCGAGGCUGGCUAGGCUGUUGGGUUUGUGAGGCAAUGAAUGGGAUUUGGACCAAAGGCAGAGAAGGAAGCUCGUUUUGUUAUAGUGAAUUGCUGUCACUUCUAAUUUCAGGCUCCACUAAACCCAGGCGGAGCCACUUUUAUUUGUAGAAGCAGAACAAUGAGCUAAAGUUUGAUGGCAGAAUAGACACUAAUUGAUGCCAACUGAUGCCAUUUAACAUCAAAAUCCUCCAAAAAGCAAUGGGGCUCUUUAUGGAAAAGCUAGAGAAAAGGUUAACCCACAACUUUCAGCGAACUUGCAACAGAAAUUUUCAGCAGCAGAUUUGCUCUGUGUGCAUUUACCUGUAAAGUGGACUUGCUGACAUCCCACAAUGCAAUAACAUUAUAUCAGAUUCUCUCCCAGACGAUCUAAGGAACCUUAUCCAGGAGGCAAAGGAAAUGAAAUGGCCAUUUGUGCCAGAAAGGUGGCAAUACAAACAGGCUGUGGGCCCAGAAGACAAAACAAACCUACAAGACCUUAUCAACCCAAGACUACAUGACUUACUGGUAUUUCUGAAGGCCUGUAUCCUGGUCCAUGACAGUUGUACAGCAGCUGCAAUUGUUUUUUUGAUUGAUCGAUUUCUGUAUUGGGCAGAUGCAUCUACAAGACUGCUGUCUGUUGCCAAAGUUUUGCAUAAAGUUUGGCCCUCCACCCCAAUAGCUCCGCAGGUGGUUAUUCGGCAAGCUCGAAUCUCCGUAAAUUCAGGAAAACUUUUGAAAGCUGAAUAUAUAUUAAGCAGUUUGAUAAGCAACAAUGGAGCAACAGGCACUUGGAAUUAUUCUAAAGAGAGUGAUAAACUGCUGGUUCAGUCUGUUUGCAUACAGAUACGUGGACAAAUCCUGCAGAAAUUAGGCAUGUGGUAUGAAGCGGCAGAGCUAAUCUGGACCUCUAUUGUUGGCUUUUUUGAACUCCCCAUACCUGACAAAAAGGGAAUCGCAACAUCUCUUGGUAUUUUAGCUGACAUCUUUAUAUCUAUGAGUAAGGAGGACUACAACAGGUUCAAAAAAAGUACAAAUGUGGGAUUGACUUUACUGGAAGACUAUGACCACAGAUUACUAUCAGCAGCAGAAGCAUGUAAACUGGCUGCAACCUUCAGUCUGUACACGCCCCUCUUUGUCCUCACCAAUCUGAAUAUUCGUGGUGCAUGUUUAUUGUCAUACAGCUUAUCAAUAGAGUGUCCGGUUGAAAAAAAGACUUAUUAUCUCUCUGAAGCUAAGGAAUCAUUCCACAUUGGUCUCCUCACCAAGACUAGAGGAGACCGUGUGAUAAGUAAGCAGGAGCUUCACAGCUUUGUAAAGGCAGGCUUUUGUCUUGUAAAUGUGCACAAGUGGCUUAACGGCAAAGAAUCAAUAAAUGAAGAUGUAAAUCAACUUUGCAGAGAAGCCAUGGAGAAACUUGCAAAAUAUAACAUGUUACCAGAUAAAAGAGACAAAGAAAAUCUAUCCAUUGAUAUAAUGUCUCUUGUAAGCUCCAUUAAAGAACAUUUAGAUCUACAACCACUCCAAAACUCAGAGGCUAAUUGUUACGUUCCUGAUAGCUACAAGGAUUGUGUGAAAAAAAAUCUUUUUACUAGAAAAGUCAGCUUUACAAAACUGUUGGAUAUGUAUUCCCAUCACCACAAUUCUGUGUGUGAAGUCUUUGACACGACAUGCAAUCAGCUUGUGACUACAGAUGGAAUAAGAUCAGGUGCUUGUGUCACUGCCUUAAGGACUAGUGAUAGUAUAAGCACUAUUGACAACACAUCCAGCCACACAGAGGAAAAAAGUGACCAAUCAGAUGAGAAAUCAGCUAGGAGAAGAAAAUUGGUACGGUCUGAUGCAAUAAGUCUGUCUGGACGCAGUAGAGGUGGCUUGAGCAGGUCCCUUAAUAGUAGUCGUAGCUUAAGUUUGUCAAAUUCCUCUUUUAGUUGGGAAUACAUCCCUGAGCAAAAGGCAGAAGAGGAAGAAGGAACUAAUGCAGAAAAAGCUUACAGCACUUAUUCUUCAGAUAACCUUGUUGAGCACAAUCAUGCAGAUGAUGAAAACAUUGAAGUGAAUUUUCAGGGACUCUCCAUUCAAGAAGACAAGAAAUCUAAAGAACAGUCUUAUUCUUCCUCAUAUAAGCAACCAGAAGAAAUAUUUUCCAAUGUUCCAGGCUCCAAAAGUGGGAAGUGUUUCCAGAAUUUGUUAAAAGAAAAGACUAUAAAAAAUUUGGUGUCUGAAGUAUCACAUAUUGCAGACACUGUUCAGUCAUCAGAUGAUGAGAGCUUUGAGUUUGUUGACAAUUUUUCUAAAACAUCAUCUGUACCUAACGUCAGCAAAGCAUACAGUGUAGAAGGAAAGCAUGUUGUGUCUCAGAGUAGUUGUAUAGAAGAAAAACUGCUUAAUAUAGCUGACUUAACUACUGCAACAACAGAUAUUGCUGAUGAUAUGUGCAUAGGAAUCACUACAAGUUCAUCAAUCGGUAAUGCAGGGCAAACAGUAAUACAUGGAAUUGACAUACAAGCUGAAACAGAAGAUACUACACAUAAUGAACUUCCCGGAAUCUUUAAGAAUAACUUGAUAUCUACAAAUCUGCCAAGUGGUCCUAGAGUACAUACACUGAUUCACGGAAUUGAUAUAACAGCUGAAACAGAAGAUGGUACUGAUAAUGGCUUCACUAAAAUGUGUCAGAAUAAUUUGGUACAUCCAGAUCCAUCAAGGUAUCAUGCAGGGCAAGCAGUAAUUCAUGGACUUGAAACAAAAGAUACGACAGAUGAUAGAAAGCAUGGUAUUGCAGAUGGAGGAGAUACUGAGACAAAUGAAAAUUCAAAUGACAUUCAUGAUGAAAUGCCUAAGAAUACAACAAAUUCUCUUGUACAUGUAGGUGGUAUUUCAGAAGAAAGGUUGCUUCAUGGAAUUGAUGUGGAAGCAGAAACAAAAGAUACUACAGAUGAUGCAUUUUUUGCAAUGAAAGCAUCUGUAGUGGACCCUUCAGGUGCAUCUACAUCUGUGAAUGGCCAUCAUAUCUGUAACUCAACCGCUGAAGACAAGUUGUUAGGCACAGACGACAGACUGGAACUGAAAUUCCUUAAUCAACAAUGCUCUAUAGAGACUUCAACAAAAAGAAACUCUGGACCAAACCAGUUGGUUAACAAUAUUGAUCUAUGUGAAAGCACCGAAGAAGGAGAUGAUAAGUUAAAUUUGGGUUUCAGUAGCGGCUCUUGGAGCAGAAUAAGUAAUUUUUCUGGAUCUUUUUCUGGAUCAAAUUCAUUUCUUAGUUCAAGUGGAAGUUCCUUUGAUAUGCUACCAGGACUAAAUACUGAGCAGGUACAACAAGCUCGCUCUCUAGACAACACAGACUAUGAAGCUCUUCUUUCUGGAGUAAGUCAUAAUUGGCUGCUGAACAGACUAGGACAUACAGGCAUCUUUAGCUCCAAGCAUUCAGAAAAGACACAUAAUGCUCUUCUUCUCAAGUUUUCAAAAAAAUCUGAGCUUUGGACAGCCCAGGAAACAGUUGUGCAUAUUGGAGAUUAUGUGGGUGUUAAAAAGGAAGGCAAACAAAGAAAAGCUUUUUGGAUCCACUUUCUACACCAGGAUGAAACUCUGGGAAGGUACAUUGGAAAAGCAUACAAAAAAAAUAAGGAACUGUUGUACCAUUUCUGUGAUGUUGAACGCCAGAUGACUGCUCAGUACUAUGUCACAGAAUUCAACAAAAGAUUGUAUGGAUUAAACAUCCCCACACAGAUAUUUUAUGUCCCUUCUGCUGUUCUUUUGAUGAUGGAAGGCAGAAGUAUAAAGGAAUGUGUGAGCGUUGAGCCUUACAUUCUUGGAGAAUUUGUAAAACUUACUAAUAACACUAAAAUUGUAAAAACAGAGUACGAAGCUACAAAGUACGGUUUGGCCUUUGGACAUUUUGCAUACGAGUAUUUUUCUGAUAUAGUGGUGGAUUUACAGGGAUGGGUAACUGGAAGUGAGAAAGGUGAAGCAAUCAUUUACCUAACAGAUCCACAGAUCCAUUCAGCUGAAAACACAUCAGGAGCCACACAUAUCAAUUUUGGAAAAUAUGGGAUAUACAUGUUCUUCACUUAUCAGCAUAAGGAAUGCAAUGACAUCUGCACAAAAUUAUCUUUAAUAAGACCUUCUGAUGAAAUGUUAGCUACAUUUUGUAAGUCAGGGAAGAAACAAAGGUAAUUAAGUGCAAAUUAUAAGGACUAUAGUAACUACUGUUUUGUUUGACAAUCUCGUCUAGUUUAGUUUUUUUAUGCCAGGAUUAUACCUUAUAUUUGUGGUUUGAUUCCUUAAUUAAGAAGGAUAUUCACCAAUACAUCCACAUAUUCUGCUUUCUGGGUGAUGUUAUUUGUUUUAAAAGCUUUUUACUUCUUUCACAAUAAAGUUUUAAAUUCCAUCAGCCAUUGUUUUUA